AUGUUGAAAAAGUCAUCAACAUCAGAUAACCUUUCAGAAAUUAAGAAAAGUAUAGGAAGAAGAAAAUCAUUAGUUCUUGAUAAUGAAUAUGGAGAAACUUCAUCUAGUGAUGAUGAACAAAAUUCAAAGUCAAGACUAAAUAAAAAGAAAACUGAAAGUCAUCAUCAUAAAUAUGUAUCUCAAUUUGGAGAUAUUAAGUUCAGCUCUCAGUCAUCAACUAUAUUUGACUCACCGAACUUUUAUGAAUCACAAUUCUUUGGAUUUUAUGUACUUUUUUGGUUGGGUACUGCUUUUUAUAUGAUGAAUGUAUUUGUAAAUUAUUAUUAUGUCAAUGCUGAACCAAUUUACGAAUGGCCUAUUGUUCAAAUAUUGAAGAAAGAUAUUAUUAAAGUUGGAUUCACUGAUUUGGCUAUGUAUUUAUCGACAUAUUUGGUGUUUUUCAUACAAUUAGCUUGUCGUUCGAAUUACAUAAAUUGGACAGGCGCCGGUUGGAUAAUUCAAUCAGUAUAUGAAAUUGUAUUUUUAAAAUUUUGGUUAUGGUUUGCCUCAGCUAGUAUGAUGGAUUUUCCUUGGGUUGCAAAGGUAUUUUUGGCGCUUCAUAGUUUGGUAUUCAUAAUGAAAAUGCAUUCCUAUGGAUUUUAUAAUGGCUACCUUUGGAAAAUUCUUCAAGAAUUGAAGUUCCUGGAAAGUCAUUUCUUAAAUCUCACCAAUAAUGAAAAUUAUUCUGCUCCAGAUGGAUAUACUAUAUAUCAAAUGAAAAACAUUUUAAAGGAGAGCAUUUCAUUUUGUAAAUUUGAAUUGGAAUAUCAAUCACAUGCCACUACAAUUGAAAAUGAAGUUUAUAAAUUUGAUGAAACAAGAAUCCAAAUUAAAUUAGAUACUUUACAAGCCGAAAAUAUAAUAAAGUUCCCUGCAAAUAUUAAUUUAUUUAACUUUUUUGAAUACUCCAUGUUCCCAGCCCUUGUUUAUACAUUACACUUUCCAAGAACAAAACGAAUUAAAUGGACUUAUGUAUUUGAAAAGACAUGCGCAGUGUUUGGAAUUAUAUUUUUAAUGAUUUUAGUGGCACAGAGUUGGAUGUAUCCAUUGGUGAUGCAAUGUAUUGAAGUUCGUAGAUUACCCAUAAAGGAGAGGUUCAAUAGUUAUAUUUUUAUACUUUUGGAUAUGAUACCACCAUUUCUAAUGGAAUAUUUAUUCACAUUUUUCCUUAUUUGGGAUUCAAUUUUAAAUGUUAUUGCAGAACUAACUAGGUUUGCUGAUAGAGAAUUUUAUGGUCCUUGGUGGUCAUGUACUGAUUGGUCAGAAUUUCUGAGAAUAUGGAAUGUUCCUGUUCAUAAAUUCUUAUUAAGACAUGUAUACCACUCAUCAAUUAGUUCAUUUAAAGUUAAUAAAUUUCAAGCUGCAUUAUUAACAUUUAUAAUAUCAAGUUUUAUACAUGAAUUAGUGAUGUUUGUAAUUUUUGGUACAUUAAGAGGAUAUUUGUUGCUAUUGCAAAUGUCUCAAAUUCCAUUAGUUAUGCUAAGUAGAACUAAGUUUAUGAAAGAUAAAAAGGUAUUGGGUAAUAUUAUUUGCUGGUUUGGGUUUAUAUCUGGUCCCUCUAUGAUUUGUACUUUAUACUUGAUAUAUUAGUAAAUUUAUGUAUAAAUGAUGAAUUAUUCAGAACACUUGUAGUUGUUGGUAAUAACUUUUGUUUAUUUUUUGCUUAACACGAUUACAACUUCACAAAAAUUUACCGCAUUACUUAACAUAAAGGAAGUUUUGUAAAAUCAAUUAAUUAAUGAAUUUCUUGGACCUGCUGGUUUUAACCUAAUUGCGUCAUUUUAGUAAAUUAAAAUAAACUAAUUUAAGAUGAAAAGCUGAAUAUCUGAAGUAGCAUUUAUUUUGCAAAUGAUAUGUUUGUGCG